GUGUACAAAACAUCUGGCCGACCUUUGCCAACCACACUCCACCAGCCAGCAACCAUGCAGUCAGCUGUAUUUCUGAUUCUGUGUCUAAUGGCCCUUUUGGGUCAGACUUUGAGCAGGAGGCACGUGUAUGUCUAUGACGGAUAUGGUACGGACGAGCUACAUAUGUUGAGGAUGGCGGAGCACUUGGAAAAUCUUCUCGAUGCCUCAUACAUUAUACAGCGGAUCGGGGCAGACGAAAUCAUACAAGGUGAUUGGGCGGACAAUGCAGCCCUGUUUGUGAUGCCAGGUGGCUUUGAUCUGGGAUUCAUGCACGCCCUAGGCGACGAAGGUGCCGGGAAAAUAAGAAAGUACGUCAGAGAAGGCGGUGCUUACCUUGGUCAGGGAGCGGGGUCGUACUACGCCUGUGAUAGGAUUGAGUUUGACCUCGAUGGUCUAGAUGAAGUAGUAGGAGACCGCCCACUCAAGUUCUAUCCAGGCAUGUGUAGUGGACCACUGUUCGGUCCUUACAAUUACCACAACUACAAUAGUGUACGUGCUGCAGAUAUCAACUUCCGGUUUGUUUCCGCAACCACUGGUGUUGAAGAAGGAAGAAUAAACCUUCAAGCUCACUACAACGGAGGUAAUACGUUUAAUUCCCCGAUGGCAAUCCAAAACACAACCUGUGUGCCACUUGCAUUUUUCACGGAAAGAGACAAUGAUCCCGCCAUUGUCAAGUGCAAUACUUACAGUGGCCGAGCCGUCCUUACAGGCGUCCAUCUUGAAUUCAGCAGCAUGAAUCUCAAUACCAAUGACCGCUACCUGCCUCUUAUUCAAGUCCAAGUAUACCUCUCUAUUUUGCGACAUCUAGGGCUGAACACACGCCCUAUGUCCGUUCUUUUGAACAUGGAACAUGACUAAUCAACACAACACUGACUUCCUCUUUCUGUCAUUUAUAGAAUUGUCUACGUAUUUGCACUACUCUAACGAUAUCCUGUUUUAGGUUUUGUACUUUUGUCAUAACAUAAUUUCUAUAUCCUGUAAACGAGAGCAAACAAGAGCGUAAAUAAAUGAACGAAUAAAAAGCAAAGAAGAAACGAGGGAACGUGGCUGUCCUAUACAUCAAUCGACAGAGAGGUGUCACACUGUAUGCGGUGUAAUUGUGACACGAGACAUAAGAUUGACUACACUAUCCGUUAUAAAACACUACAUUGAAAAGGAGUGUUACUUUCCGCUUCCCAAAACGUACAUCAACGUAAAAGAGAGUGUUGACUUUAACAGCUAAGAUCAGAGUGAAGGUUUUCCAAGAGUAUUAACUGUUAAAAAAUGUUUCGUGCAAUUAAUCACUAUUUGCUGAUCUUUCAUGUAUUUGACAAAUACAAGUAAACGGUUUCCAUGCCGGCAGUAAGAGAAACAAUUCAGUAUGGAUUUAAGAAUUAGUAUUGUUGUGUAAAAUAAAGAUACUUUAAGCAUGA